CUUUCUUCAUGGUGGCUGCCAUCUUGAACGGGAAGCGGAGUCGGACUGCGUGCACGCGCGUGAACGGCGGCUGAAUGGAGCACCUUCAGGAUAAGCAUGUGACCUGAGUGUCCAACGUUCCUGUGGUGGAAAAGCUCAUCAGUGAGAAACAAAAGGACAUGAUGCUGAGUUCAUCAGUGCGAAUGGGUUCACAGGCCAUGUCUCAUCCACAGUGUCUUGAGUUGCUGACUUGAAGUGAAGAUGGGGAACGAGCAAUCAACUCAGAAAAAACGGCAGAAGACCAAUGUUGAGAAAAAAGUCCAGAAUGGAGAAAUGAAUGGACAUGCAGUCCCGACUCCAGAAGUAACCGAACCUGUGGCUAGCAAAGAAGCAACAGUGAAGCAAAAGAGUGAAACCCCACCAGUGGUCAUCAAAAAUGAACCAAAACCACCAGUAAAAGACGAGGUAGACAGCAGUAAACCCAACGGACCUGCACAUGUGGAAACAACACCUGAGCAAAAAACGACUGUCACAAAAGAUGCAGAACCACCCAAAAAAGCCCCAAAGCCCAGUGAAGAUGAGGUGACCAACUUCUUUGGUAAAAUGUUCAAAAAGAAGAGCGAACCUGCGAAACCUGCGUCAGAAAGCAAAGAUUCAGUCGACGCACAUCAGGUCACAGCGGUGGAUCUGAAAAUUGACGUGCAGCCUGAAAAAGUCUUCAUUAAUUCAGACCAAAAGGAGAUUCUCAAGGAGGUUGCGGAGAAGCUUAAACUGCAACUGGUUGACGCCAUUCCCGCACAACACGAAAGCCCAAGCUCAUUGACAAAGAACAUCUCAAUGGAGUCAUCAAGCAUGAAUGUUGAAGCCGAGACAUGCUUGGAGGCCCUGCCAGAUUUGCACGCUAAACAAGAACCAGUAGCUGUUGCUGAAGAACCACUAAGUGAAGAACCAGUUACAAGAAAAGCCAGUGAGGUACAUCUGAAGUCUGAAGAACCACCAGCGGUUGAUGCUAAGGUUCCAGAAGAUGAAGAACUUAAGGAUGCUGAACGGGCCUUGUUAGAAGACAAGGAACUUAUUCAAAUUGUUGAAAGCAUAAUAUCAGAUGAAAGGGAAGAAUUAGCAUGUGAAAAAAUUCCAAUGUGUGAAGCUACCAAACAUCUGAUUGAUGAACUUGAACCUAUUUCCAAAAAACUGACGAAAGUAGCUGAUGAAGCUGAUAGUUUUAUUGUGCACGGCAUGUCUUCAGUUGUAAAAUUAGCAGUUGAUACUUUCGAGGUCUUGUCUCCUGUUGAGGAACCAGUCGUUGGAACUGAGGAGCCAUUGCUAGUUGCUGAAGAAAUAGCGGCUAUUGUUGAGGAAAUCUUGCAGAUUACUCAGGAACAAGAAACAGUGAGCCAUGCAAAUGAAACAGAAGAAGUCCUAAGGAACAAUUUCAAGGAGUCAUUGGUUGUUGCAGAGGAACCAUUAACAACAUCUGUGGAGUCAGCGCUGGUUGCUGAAGAAGAAAUUUCCCCUGCCGCUUUCGAAUUUAUCUUAGAUGCUAAUGGAAAGGCAGCUGUAGAUGAGGAAAGUUGGGUUAUUAUUGAGGAACCGGCUCGACCACUGUACAUCUCUGCCCAUAGUGGACGUUCAAAAGAACCUGCGCUCACUAAAAGUAAAUGUAAUUCAGCAGAAUCUACUCAAAUUCUUUCCCAACUCAAGUCCAUUUGCACUAAGGCUUUAGAAGAUGCUUCCUAUAAGCCGCUCAGUGUAGAUGUAUGUGCUGAUGAAAGCACUAUUCACAUUACAAUUGAGGUUUGCCCGGAUGAGUUCACAUUUCUGAAUAAGGAUCCAGUGGACAUAAAGACCAGCACAGAGCCUGAGCCUGAGCCGGAGCCGGAGGGUGAAGCUCUCGAACCCAGUCCUGUGGAAGUCACAGAAGAAAAUAACCCGCCAGAGGACAUUAAAGCAGCAGAAAAGUCAGUUAUGAACUUUUUCAAAACAUUUGUCACUCCGACCAAAACAAGCAAAGAAGCCAAAGCCACUCCUGAAGCUUCAAAAGAACAGUCACAGAAAGAGACCCCACCAGCACCAUCAACAAAUGUACAGGAAGCACCCAAGGCCCCUCCUCCACCUCCCCCUGCGCCACCUAAGAUGGAAAGUAAAGCAGAGCCGGUGGUAAAGAAAGAGGAAACAUCUGCAACAAAAGCAGCGGCAGCAGCUGCAACAAAAGCAGAGGGCUCUGCCAAGACCAAAACUAAAGACAGUUCAUUCAGCAAACUCUUCCGUCCAAAGGUGUUGCUAGGCAAGGUGGUGUCAAAAGUUCAGGCGGCGACAACCAGUGGAGCCAGUGCUAAGACAUCAAGAGUGCCUGUUGUGGUUGAAGAGAAAAAGCCGGUUGAGGUACAGGUAGACGCAUCUAAGAGCAGCACCCUUGAGGCCGCUGCCAAACCUGAAGAACCUCCAGCGCCAAAACCAGAAGAAAAGAAACUAGAGAAAAAAUCGACUUUUGGAAACAUGUUCAAACCCAAGGUACUGCUAGGCCAAGUGAGCACUAGGAUCCAGGCAGCCACGUCUAGUGCUGCCGCCAGCAUCUCCCUCAUGUCUACUCGAUCGGCACCAGAACCCAAGAAGGAGACACCAGCUCCACCUCCUGUGGCAGAAGCCGCUCCAGCCGUGAAGGCCAAAGAGGAGCCAAAACCGGCCGCGCCAGCACCACAAACGGCCCCGGACAACAAAUCAGUCGGAAGCACAGACGCCUCGCCCAACAUGCCACGAAAGCUGGAGAAGAGGAAUUCCCUCCAGCUGUUCUUCAAAAACCUGGGCCAAAAACGCCAUUCUGAUGCCGGAGUGCAAACGGACCCUGUGGCACCCGAGAAGUCCAAAUAAAGCCCCGCCUUUGUUUUGAUCGCUCAUCUUUGCCAAAACGAUUGUGCAUAUGCAAUAGGCCUACAUAUAAAUCACCCUCAGUUUCAUUUAUUUGGUUAUGAGGUUGACUCUAAAUCUGAAAUCAUGCCAUGAAUCAUGGCUGAACCCCCAUGCAUUUAAAGAGAGCGGAAGUAAGUGCAACGAUUCCCUGUUAAGCAAGUGCUACAUGUGUUUUUGACAGGAGGGAGGAACGUCUAUUGUUUUCCCACAGAGAAAUGUGUCAGAGUUAAGUGAUGUCAUAAGAUGGAAAAGUGAAGGUGAAAAUGUAAUCCCAUCUAAUAUAAACUCCCUUUUCUUUAUUUUCUGUGCAUGUUAAAAUGUAACGGUAUGUAAAAAAUUUUAACUAACACUACUCAUCUUACGUUGCAUUGCGCAUUAAAACGGUUGCAUCACGUUAAGAUGCCUUUUCACCGGGACAAAGUAAAUAACAUGCGAGUUUGCGCAUGUAAAGUAUUUAGUAUUACAUAAAGUAUUUAUUUAUGUAAUCAUACACUAUCUGGUUGUAAAAACAAUGACCCAUCGUCUGCUUAAUUCAAUCGGCGUUCUCACUGAAACUGCAAUUAAAUUAAAAUGCAAAACUUCUGAAUCGUUUUAGGCCCUGUCCCAAAUGGCACACUUCAUAUGCACUUACGGUCUAGUGGACUUAAAAUGGCCGCCGCAUGGAGAAGGGUCUGUCUGCGUCCUGCAAUACUACAAACCAUGCCCUACAAGUUACGCCUCCGACAAAGAAACAAGCGUGAAGGUCUUUGACUAAAACAAUCUUUUGAAGUAUUUUAUGUUUAUGUAUGACAUGUUUGUAAGGCUAACUUAUAUUGCUCUCAAAUAUUACUUAAAGGGAUAGUUUCACCAAAAAAUGAAACUUCUGUCAUCAUUUUCUCACCCUCAAGUUGUUCCAAACCUGUAUGAGUUUCUUUCUUCUGCUGAACACAAAAGAAGAUAUUUUGAAGAAUGUCGGUAACCAAACAGUUUUGGCUUCCGUAGUAUACCAUUGACAUCCAUAGUAUUUUUUUUUUUUUCUCAUACUAUGGAAGUCAAUGGGGUCCAUCAAUUGUUUGGUCUCAAACAUUUUUCAAAAUAUCUUCCUUUGUGUUCAACAGAAGAAAGAAACUCAUACAGGUUUGGAACAACUUGAGGGUGAGAAAAUUAUGACAGAAUUUUCAUUUUUGGUUGAACUAUCCCUUUAAGUAUGAAAUAACAGCUGUUAGUAAAAUGAAAUGAUAUAAUCAAAUACAGACCUAUGGUAAUUAUAGCUUAAAAUUUCAUAAUUAAAAUACUUUUAAAUCUGAGUAAAAGCAAACAGGAUGACUUACGGUGUCUGCUGAUCAAUGUAAUAGGAUCUGUAUGCUUGUCACUAGGUGGCGAUAGUGAAGCUUAAAAAGCAAGGAAAGUAGAAGAAGAGAGGUACUAGUGAUGAUUCUAGAGGGAGGUGCUAAUUGGCUGUUUCAUUGUAGGGGGCAUAAUUUGUAGUAGGGGGCUUGAUUUGUAGUAGCGGUGUGAUUUGUAGUAGGGGCGUAAUUUGUAGUAGCGGUGUGAUUUGUAGUAGGGGGCGUGAUUUGUAGUAGCGGUGUGAUUUGUAGUAGGGGCGUAAUUUGUAGUAGGGGGUGUGAUUUGUUGUAGGGGGCGUGAUUUGUAGUGGGGGGCGUGAUUUGUAGUAGCGGUGUGAUUUGUAGUAGGGGGCGUAAUUUGUAGUAGUGGUGUGAUUUGUAGUAGGGGGCGUGAUUUGUAGUAGGGGGUGUGAUUUGUUGUAGGGGGCGUGAUUUGUAGUGGGGGGCGUGAUUUGUAGUAGGGGUGUGAUUUGUAGUAGGGGCGUAAUUUGUAGUAGGGGGCGUGAUUUGUAGUGGGGGGCAUAAUUUGUAGUAGGGGGCAUGAUUUGUAGUAGGGGGCGUGGUUUGCAGUACUGCAGGAUGCAAUCAGACACAUUUGGAGGCAUGCGCGUAUCCUUUAAGUCCAACGGACUGUAAGGUGUCGUCCCAUUUGUCAUAUUAGGUUUCAGAAGAGUGCUCGCGAGCGCCCCCUUUGUGGUCGAUAUGCACCCUCGAUGCACACUGAAGCGAGCUUUGCAGUAGACUUUUACCCGUCAGUCAAAGUGGCGUAACAUCACGAAAGUGCAGACUCCUAGGAAGACCGUGAGUAGAGUGCCAUUUGGGACAGGGCCCUAAUAGUUCCAUACAAAUCAAAAUUAUUUAUUUAUACCUUAUAUCAAUCUCAACAUUUGGACACCAUAUAUUACAUAUUGGUUAUUUUUGUUCGACCCAGUUUUGUAAAAUUUCCUCUAUAAAUACCUAACAGAUUAUAAUAACUUUUCAAUUAUUGUCUUUUUUUUUUUUUUUUUUUUUUUUGCUUGGCCGUCCAGUUCUCACCAGGGGAGACUAAAGGAAAUUAAUCUAUUUACAUGUUCUUUCAUGUUUUUUUGUUAUUUCUUAUUUUCCGAACACAUCACUUGCUAUUAGAACAUUUAUAUAAUUAUGUUAUACAAUUAUGCAAUAUACAAUGUACAUCCAACUCUCUGCUGCCGUCACAUGUGUUUUAUGAUUUUCUUCCUAAUUUUCUCUACAUUUGUAAAGAGUAUGGGCCUAAUUCAGAAUUCAGACUAUAUCUAUGAAUCUUUCUCCUUUGUUGCAUUUAUGUCUAUUUAACCGAUUUAUAAAAAUAAAAGAAUCAUUUCUCUCUUCUGUAAAA